CUCGCUCCUCAAUCAGUCAAUUGCCGCGAACCCGUACCCGGAACCGUGCCCGUACCCACGUCGCCGAUGCUCCGGCUUUCUCACGCUGCUGUGAAGCCUUCUCGUCUAGCUUAUCUCCAUCUUCAAAUCAUCAUGCCUUCCUCGCUCCUCUGACGACAGUAUGAAUAGAUCUCCAAGCUACGACGGCCUCGUCUUCACCAUCUCGGACCUGGCGAGAGAGGGCAGCGCCAAGAUGUCGCUUAUGGCGAGGGACUACCUCAACGGCGGGUCGAUGGAUGAACAGACCUCCGGCGACAACUGCUCCGCGUACGCUCGAUAUCGUCUUCGCCCUCGCGUCAUGGUGGACGUGACUUGCAUCGACCUCAGCACUCUCUGCCUGAGUAGUCGCGUCUCCUUUCCCUGCGGAAUCGCCCCAGCUGCAGGGCAUGGCUUGGCCCACCCUGACGCCGAAGAGGGAACGGGCCGCGCUGCUGCGGGCAAAGAGGUGGCGAUGUGCCUCUCGACGUGGAGUAAUUCUAGCCUCGAGGCAGUAGCUGCCUCUACGGCGGGGAGAGUACCACUGGCACAGCAGCUAAGCUUGGUCAAGGAUGAGGACACCAAUCUUCAGCUCAUUCGCCGGGCCGAGGCGGCGGGGUAUCGCGCCCUUUUCGUUACGGUGGACUGUGUGUAUCUGGGCAAGCGGGUCAAUGAGCAACGCAAUGGGUUCAGCUAUCCUGGUCAUCUCAAGUGGGGGAACCUGCCUCAUUUCAAUCCGGCCGGGUCCCUCGAGACGGCUGUGGGGUGGAUGGAGUAUGAGACCAAGGGAGGAUGGGAGACGGUCAGGUGGUUGAAGGGGGUGACGAGUAUGGAGGUCUGGCUCAAGGGCAUCCUCACCCCCGAGGAUGCGGAACUCGCCGUCGAGGCAGGUGCAGACGGACUCAUCGUCAGCAACCACGGAGGACGCCAGCUUGAUGGGGUACCCGCCACUAUCGACUGUCUCGCAGCCAUCGUAGACGCGGUAGCUGGCCGGAUUCCCGUCCACCUAGACGGCGGUAUCAGGCGCGGCAGUGACAUGUUCAAGGCUCUCGCUCUCGGCGCUCAGCACGUCUGGAUCGGUCGACCCGCGGUCUGGGGCCUCGCAUACAAGGGUGAGGAAGGGGUGAGGCUGGCGCUCAAUCUGUUGGAAGAGGAGUUCAGGAUCGUCAUGGCGCUGAUGGGCUGUCGUCGGGUAGGCGAGAUAAAGAGGGAGCACCUGGCUUUGAUGGGCAGCGAUGGAAUGUACAGGACGCUUGAGAGCACAGGAAAAGCGAAAAUGUAGCAACCAGCGCUGG